GCGGCGGAGGUGAUGCCGGCCAGGGGGGGAGGAAGAAGGCGGCGGCGGCGGCGGCCUCGCUUCCUUUGCUGCGCCUCGAAGCUCCGGAGCGACUCCGGUUUGGUGACCGCGGCGCCGGCGGCUUUGUCCGCGGGCAGGAGGAGAGGGGGGGACCCGCCAGCGCCGAGGCCGAUCGCCUGUUUUUUCCUUCUCUCCGGGGUUAUUUGCUAAUUAGCUCAUUAAAGCGACCCCUCCCCCGCUUUCUUCUAUCUCUCCCCCCCCCAAAAAAAAUCAUUCCAACCCCGGUCCUCCGCCUCUCAUGACAAUGGAUCCGGAUUUGCUCCUGACUCUUUCCGACCCGGGGAGCAAAGGGGAUCGGGACCCACUGCGGUCGCUGGAGCAGCAUCUCCUGGGCGGGAGAUACAUCCUGCUGGAGCCCCCGCCGCCCCUGGAUCUGCCCAGCCCGGAUCUGGUCCUCUUGGGCCGAGAAAGCCCCCCGGGGAACAACGGGAGCAGCAACCGCAGCCCCGGAGCGCCGCUGGCGCUGGAGCAGGUCCUGAUCCGGGGGAUGAAGGGGGCCCAGAUCCAGCCCUGGUGCCCGGACGGCUCGGUGGAGUCUUUGUACCGCAUGGAAGAAGAGGAGGAGGAGGAAGAAGAAGGCAACACUGGCCUGGAGGAUCGGGACCUCGACCAGGGGCCAAUCAGCGACGGGCAAACCGAUUCAGGUGUGGACGAUCUCGGGGAAGCGGGUUUGGAUUUGAGGCUGGUCCCUUUGCAGGAAGAAAGCGCCCAGGCCUGGAGAGAAGAGGGAGGGAGCCAGGAGCCCCCAGUUUCUGGUUUCUUGAGCUUGGCCGAGUCGCCACAUCCUCCGGAUUUACACCUGGUCGUAGGGGAGGAUGCAGAGGAGGUGAGGCAAGGCCGGGGCCCCUAUCCUUCCACCCAGGAGGACUCCCUGCAGCCCCAGAGCGACGACCACCGGGGCCUGGAUGCAGUUGCUGCAGGGGAAGAGCCCCUGAGCGGACUCCUUCUCAGCCCCUCUUGGACCAGAGAGGUGGAGGGCUGCCGGCCCCCAAGCCCUGUGUUGAGGCCUCUGGACUUGGCCCUGGACCCCCAAGUCGGCCCUGGGGGGGACGGCUUUCCUUGCCCCCUUGCUUCCGACCCCCUGGAAUUUGGCCCCACGGAGCAGAUGCUUGGAGAGGAUGAGGCUCCCCCCGGUUCCCCGGAAAAUGGACCCCGGCUGAGAGCGGUCUUCGACGCCCUGGACCGCGACGGGGACGGCUUUGUGCGGAUCGAGGAGUUUGUCCAGUUUGCCACCGUCUACGGCGCAGAACAGGUGAAAGAUCUGACCAAGUUCCUGGAUCCUGCUGGCCUCGGCGUCAUCAGCUUUGAAGACUUCUAUCGAGGAAUCUCGGCUAUCAGAAAUGGAGCCGAUCCUGAACAUCAGCUCUGUGCUAUGACGUAUGCCCACGAGGAGCCACCUUCUGCCUGUCCUGAUGAGUUUGAUGACUUCGUUGCCUUUGAGGCCAAUGAGGUGACGGACAGCGCGUACAUGGGCUCGGAAAGCACCUACAGCGAGUGUGAAACGUUCACCGACGAGGACACCAGCACCCUGGUCCACCAGGAGAUGCACGAUGACGUGGAGACGGACAGCGCCAUUGACUCGACGGUACAUUCGGAGGUCACGGACCCCAUGGAGGAGCCGGAGCACGGCUCUCACCCGCACGACCUGCCCUUGGCCUCGGACGUCAACGGUCACUCCAUCGUCACGGUCAUUAGUGGGGAGGAGCACUUUGAGGACUACGGAGAAGGGAACGAGGGGGACCUCUUCUCGGACAGCUUGUGCAACGGAGAAAGUGGCUUUAGCAGCUCCUCCUUCCUCUCUCCCAGCGCCAACCCACUGGCCGCGAAACUGCACAGCAUUAUCACUGACGAGGCGUUUGAGUUUUACUGCACCCAGUGCCACAAACAAGUCAACCGCCUCGAGGACCUUUCUGCGCGGCUAAGCGAUCUUGAAAUGAAUAGUCCAAACAAGAGGCUUUCCAGCAAGAAGGUGGCCAGGCACCUCCACCAGACAAGCGCCCUGACUAUGGAUGCCAUGGAGGAGCCCUACAGGAACAGCACCCAGUGCCUGGAAGAGGACAUCACGGAUAAGGUGAUCUUCCUCGAGAAAAGAGUGAUCGAGCUGGAAAAAGACACGGCCGCCAACGGGGAGCAGCACAGCCGGUUGAAACAAGAAAACCUUCAGCUGGUGCACAGAGCAAACGCCUUGGAGGAGCAGCUGAAAGAGCAGGAGCUGAAAUCGGACGAGAUCCUCAUGGACGAAAUCCGGAGGCAGAGGGAGCUGCUCGGCAAAAUAGAGAGGGAAAAGAGCAUAGAGAUUGAGAACCUGCAAGCCCGGUUGCAACAAGUGGAUGAUGAGAACGGUGAGCUCCGCUCCUGCGUCCCUUGCCUGAAGGCCAACAUUGAGAGGCUGGAAGAGGAGAAGCGCAAGUUGCAGGAUGAAAUAGAAGAUCUCACGGUGCAGCUGAACGAGGAGCUGGAAAACAAGAGGAAGCUGGGGGACAAAUUGAACCAGGAGAGACAUCAGUUCCAGAAGGACAAAGAAUCCACGCAGGAGCUGAUCGAGGAUCUCCGGAAACAGCUGGAACACCUGCAGCUCUUCAAGCUCGAGGCGGAGCAGCGUCGGGGCCGGAGCAGCAGCGUCGGCCUCCAGGAAUACAACAGCCGGACGCGGGAGACGGAGCUGGAGCAGGAGAUCAGGCGGCUCAAGCAGGACAACCGAAACCUGAAGGAGCAGAACGAUGAGCUGAACGGACAGAUCAUAAAUCUCAGCAUUCAAGGUGCCAAAAACCUCUUCUCCACUUCCUUCUCUGAAUCGCUGGCAGCGGAAAUCAGCUCGGUUUCCAGAGACGAGCUCAUGGAGGCAAUUCAGAAACAAGAAGAAAUCAACUACCGACUCCAAGACUACAUUGACCGGAUCAUUGUGGCCAUCAUGGAAACCAACCCGUCCAUCCUGGAAGUCAAGUAGGAGGCUGGGAGCUGCGGACUUGGCAAUCCUAAGGGCACCACCUGGGGGUGAUGGAUUUGCUGCUCAGAGGAGGACACUGGCAAAGUCUUCGCUCCACGGAGAAGGUGGCACCGGAAGCCUCACGUUGGGCUUGGAUGGUGGGGGACAGAUCCUGCUUGGACCUGAGGGAAGAAAGGACCAGGCAUGAAAGCUGGCUGCUCUCUCUCCAAUGGGUUUUGGAGCAUUCCUGGCUUGUUUGGGGUAAAGGGGGCCUGGAGGGAAAAAAAAGGAUGCCAGCUACAGGACAAGGUGUGAAAGAAGAGGUGGGUGGAUGUGAAAGCUCAGCCCGGGGCAGGGACGGAGCGGCCUCUUGAUACCCAUUUCCUUGCCAUAAGCUUUAGGGUCUUUCCCACCCAGAACCGAUACAGAAACGGGCUGGAAAGGGGAAUCUGGAUCUCACCAUGGGGUAAUAAAGGGAAGAGAGAUCUAUGCAAGGGUUCCCUGCCUCACUUGGCUCAUGCAUCCUUGCUUUAUCUUCUCUCUCUGAAAGUUCUCCCCCAAAAUCCAGGUGGGUUGUCCUCCUUAAAGCUCUCCACGUUUUCUCAGAGGUGUCAAAAGAAGCAGGAAAGGGGGAGCUGGGACUUCUCCCUUAUUCUGUCCAUGGGAGCUUUUGGCCCUUACCUGCUUUGGAAGCUUUGCGCUUGCGGAAACUUUUUUAUUUUAUUUUGUCUGCACCCAGCAGGACAGUUUGGAGGCCUCUGGUGCCUGCAGCGCUGUGUGUUUCCUAAGCCCUUUUUUAGUUUGGCCAGCUGCCUUAAGGGGGAAAAAAAGGAAAAAAUUGAUCUGUGUGGUGUCCAUUAAGCCACGACUAGGGUUGCGGUCUGAGGGUGAGCAGCUCCUGGAGAAGCAGCUUCUUGGCGACACUACCAAGGAUUGGACCAGUGACACACCAUUGGGUUGAGGUGCCAAUGGUGGCCGGUGGCAGCCUUCCCAGCCUGGCCGUGGGGUUGGUCCACCCUGGUGUGUGAGCGGAAGGCAGCCUGGCCUGGCUUGGGAGUGGGGAUGCUCAGCUAAUGAUACUCUCGUGCUGGAGGCCGAGCGGUACCCUGCUCCCGUCACUGCUGCUCUCCACUGGAUAAAGCCGCCCACCCACUCCUUCCACCUUCAUUGCACACCUUUUCUUACUUGAAUUGCACGUCUUUUAUUUUCUCACCUGUUUGGGUCACUUUGGGGUGGGAAUGACGAAUAUACUGACCUAAUUAAAAAACAACGACAACUGGAGACCGUAGAUCUCAAGGGGAGAAAUUAAAGACAGAAUUGAUGCUGACAUGGUAGAAGAAGGCCCUCUUGACUAUGUGCUAUUAAUGUCAGAAUUAAAUGUCAAGCUUCUCCCUGCCAUAAAAAAGGGGGGGAAGGUGAAUUAUACUGUACUUAGCAUAAUUGGACCACUCACUGAAUUUGUAUGUGUUUAAGAAGGAAGUGAGCAAUGCUUCUUGUUCCUGCUUUUCUCCCCCUAUCACCAGGCUAAAAAGAACCAGAUCACUAGGCAAUCUGGGGAAGGGUCUGUUUUCUCACCCAUCCAUCCCACAUUUUUUGGGAAAAUAUUGUUUUCCGCCUUACUAAAAGGUGCCCUUUUUCCACUGGAGGGAUUUUUCUUGGCCUUGAGGAUUGGUUUUAAGCCCUCCUUUUUUUCUGGGGCUUCUCUCCUUAACGGCACAACUAGGUAAAGGGAAAGUGGCGUGGAGACCUAUAUUGGAUGGUGCCUGCUGCUAUAUGAGGAGGAGGAAGCUCCAAAGGGUGUAACUGGAACUCCAAAGAAAGCUUUGACUCUGGCAGGGAGCAGGCCGUCUGAGCUGCUUGUGGCUGCCUCUUCUAUCUCUUAAAGUGAGGAAAGGACCUCUUUUCCCUUCCCUCCUUUCGAAGCUCCUAUGAAACAACCACACUACAUCUAAGCAUAAGAAAUGUGACGGCUUCUCUCAUGCCUUCAGGAAGCGCCAGUGCACCUCGUCAUUAAAGAGAAGCAGGAUCGCCUCCCCUCUUCCUUGAUAGCACCAAGUGGUUGAGUUCCAAGACCCCUCAAAUGCCGUGAAGCCUCGGCAAGCUUUUUUAAAAAAUUGAAAAUGCACAAAAUGGAACACCUCUGAUCCGAAGUGAUGGUUAAGAUGGGUGGCAUUUGUCUGAUCUUACAAAAGAGGGUUGGGCAACACCGGGGCCAGAGUUAGGUUGGAAAUACAUAUAUUUUUUUAAAUUGUAAUUUAUCGGUUUCUGCUUUUGCCGUUUCUAAGUUGGUUUCCAGUGCAGGGAAUAGAAACAGAGGGAUUCCUGUGCAAGGAACUGCUCUUUCACUGGGCAAAACCCAUAACAUCCUUCCAAAUUCAGCACUUCUGCCUGCCUCUCCCCUGCCCCUCCAGCUUGGAGAAAGGAUCCAUGUACUGUACAUUUUCAAGAGGAAUGGGGGGGGGGUGUAAAACAGUGUACACUGGGUGAGGGAAAGUUUUUCGUUUUCUACCUUGUAGAGUUAGGUAUUUUUUAUAGAUUGAAGGCUUGAUCAAUUUUUUAAUACUUCAAAGAAGAGAGCAAUGUAUCUGUGUAUACACACACACACAAACAAAUCUAUAUAUAUAUGUAUGUAUGUACAGUAUAUGUAUGUAUAAUGUACAAAUCUAUAAAUAAUCAGAUCUGCCUUUCUCAACUUGGGCACACACGUCUGUGAUACAAACGCGCACUGCUCUCCUGGCCUCCCCGUUUGAUCACAAAGAGGUACUGUAAUGUAAAUAGUCACAGGAGUCGGGGGGGGUGCGUCGAGAACACAAAAGUGAAGCACUGGCUUGCACACGGCUUUAAUUUCCUGAGGAAAACUGUUCUUCCCUGCUGGUAUGUGAAGGAAUUUCCAAAAAAAAAAAGAGGCAAACAGAAUUUGUCUUAACGGGUGUACUGAUUCUUCGUCUGAUUAAAGCCUGUUCCUGUCUCUUUGCUGGA